CAGGCCUUACCAUAAUAAUGGGAAGCCAGUAAAGUAAAGACAUAAAUAUGAAAACCCCUUUAGGAUGCAUUUUAAAGCAUUGGAGAGAUCUAGGAGGAACCCCAGGAGGAAACAUAAGCAAAAAGACACUCUUAAAAUACUGCAUGCAAUGGUGGUCUCUGUAUAAACUAGAUGAUGACGAAAAAUGGCCACCUGAAGGGACAACAAACUACAACACUAUUUUACAGGUUAUGUUGUUCCUUCGUCGACUAGGCAAGUGGGAUGAAGUGAUGUAUUGCGAUAUGUUUUUUACGCUAAGAAACAAGCCUGAAUGGCAGAGGGAAUGUGGAGUAAAUGUCGCACCACAAGAUCCUUUGGUCUUAGCUUUGGAAAAAGAUAAGAAAAAUCUGAGACCAAAAGAGCGCUGUUGUGAUGCCUGUAGUAUCAGACAGCAGUGUCUUAAACUAAAAAGAAGGGACAGUGAAAAAGAAAGUGAAGUAAGCCUGUGGGAGUAUCAACCAUAUGCGCCAGGAUACGGGGUGCCGCCACCAAAACGGAGAGAGGGUGAAAGAGACACUAGCCUAUUAGGAGAUAUUUCACUGGAACUGGGGGGAUUUAAGACCGGGUAUAGUCCUCAAAAAUCAGAAAACAGUUGGGAAGAAAGUAGCCCAUCAAAAUCAGAGAGUCGCCAAGGAGAAAGUGGCUCGCAGGGACUGAGUAGUCCACAGGGGUCAGGAAGUUACAGAGAGGAGGGCAGUCCACCCAGGUCAGAGAUCGAUAAGGGAGAGAGUAGCCCGACAAGACCGGAGGGUCAUGGGGAAGAGAGUAGUCCACUUAAAUCAAAAGACAGCAGAAAUAGAGAUAGCAGUACACCAAGAAAUGAAGAUAGCGCAUGGAGAUCAGGCAUCUGUAGAGUAGAAAGUAGCACACCAAGAGUUGAAAAUUAUGAGGACGAAAGUAGCCCACUGAGAUCAGGGGGCAACGAAAGGAAGGGUAAUUUCCCCAGGAUAAGAUGUAGUGAGGAAGAUAGUGACACUGUAACUCAGGAGGAAAAGGAAAACAGCCCACAAAGAUUAAACAUAGUAAUUCAAAUAGAUGAUAAAAGGGAUACUAGAGGAAUAGAGGAAGAUGAGGAGUGCAGCCCCGGGCAGGUUGAGCGUCAACAGCAUCUCCUCCAAAUCCAGAGAGAGAGGCAGUUGGACUGCGUGAACCAUGCCAGGGGGUUGGCAGAGGAUGAUUGGGCAGGAAUGGGGAGCGAGGACGAAGAACAGAAACGAGGAAAGAGAAAAGAAAAGAGAAAGAAUAGAAUGGACACCGAGGCCCAGGAGAAAGACCCCGGGGAAGGGACUAGUCACCCACACUAUACCAGGUAG